AAACGCCCAAGCGCCGUGAGAGGAGAUACCAGUGUAUGAUAUCGAGAUGUCGACAGUUGAGGCUGGAAGCGUAUCGACAAAUGGAGCAAAUGGCGCGGAUGGUGCGAAUGGCACGACGCGGCUUGGCAGCGGAAGCAAGAAGCAACUCAUCCUCAACGCCUUCGCCAUGAACACGCCUGGCCACCUCUCUCCAGGGCUCUGGCGACACCCCCGAAACAAAACAUACAAUUAUAAGAAACUGGACUUCUGGACGGACCUCGCAAAACUCCUUGAUGACGCUGGCUUCCAUGCCCUGUUCCUUGCCGAUGUCCUCGGGGCCUAUGAUGUCUACAAAGGUCCAGCCAAUGCAGGCCCAGCCCUGGAAUCUGGCGCCCAGUUUCCUGUCAACGACCCGCUGUAUCUGGUACCCGCCCUGGCUGCUGUGACAAAGAACCUCGCAUUUGGUAUCACAGCCAGCACGACUUAUGAACAACCAUACUCUCUAGCGAGGCGGUUUUCGACGGUGGAUCAUCUGAGCAACGGGCGCGUGGCUUGGAACAUCGUGACCUCUUACCUCGACAGUGCAGCUCGAAAUUUCGGUCUCUCCCAACAGGUUGAACACGAUGCGCGCUACGAAAUAGCAGAGGAGUACAUGGAAGUCUUGUACAAGCUGUGGGAGGGAAGCUGGCGUGGGGAUGCCGUUGUGGCGGAUAUGGAGAGUGGUGUCUAUGCCCUGGGCGACCGCGUUCGACAGAUCAACCAUCAGGGCAAGCAUUUCAACAUCCCAGGCCCUCACAUUUGCGAGCCCUCUCCCCAGCGCACACCCUUCCUUUUCCAAGCAGGGACUUCCAAAAGUGGGCGAGCAUUUGGAGCUAAACACGCAGAAGUAAUAUUUGCCGGAGCGCAACUGCCGGAAAAACUCAAACCUUCGGUUGCGGCCAUUCGUCAGUUGGCACGAGAGGCUGGUCGCGAUCCAUACCAUGUCAAGAUCAUUGCCAGCAUGUGUGUCAUCGUCGCCGAGACGGAUGAGGCUGCCAAGAAGAAACAGGAGGAGUUUCUUUCUUACGGGAAUCGAGAGGGAGCCCUCGCUCUAUUCGGCGGUUGGACUGGUGUGGACCUUUCGACUUACUCGGAGGACGAAGAUUUUCGGUUUGUCAAGAUGCCCAUGAUCAACUCGAUCAUCAACGGGUGGGCAGACACGGUUCCGGGAAGUGAGAAUCUGAAGUGGAACAAGGCACGCAUCGCAGAAUACUUGUUGUUGGGAGGGAUGAACGCCAAGAUUGUGGGCUCUGCCUCUACGGUUGCGGAUGAACUCGAACGUUGGGUGGAAGUGGCAGACGUGGAUGGGUUCAACUUGUCCCAUGUGGUGAACCCCGGCUCUUUCGAAGACAUUAUUGAGUUUUUACUGCCCGAACUUCGAGCCAGGGGUAUUUUCCGAGCCGAGCCCGAGAGGGAAGGGCACACCGCCCGCGAGCAGUUCUUUGGAACACCGUGGCUGUUGAGUGACCAUCCAGGCAGCAAGUUCAAAUGGGACGUCCACGAUGAGGUACCUCGAUAUCUGCAGACUCAGUAGGAGGGUUGUUACACUGAACGAGUUGACAUUGCAUGAGGUUUCUCCUGUUGUGCGGCUUGGAGAUAAGGGCGAACAAUAACCUGAAGUGUACUGUGUACCUCGACGUUUGCCCGCAUGUGGUUCUGACAGUGGUGGAGAAGUUUCUUUCGGCCAGCAGCAGAGUUGGCGACCACCUGUUGCAGGGGACAGGUGUUUCGUAGACUUGAC